CUUCACCAGUACACCCAGCCAGCCCAUCAUGGGGGCCAUCAUUUCCUCCUGCUGGGACCCUCUCCCUCCUCUGACGGACAUUCUCCUCCCCACCCCAGAUGUCUACCUCACCUUGCUGAACAUCUUCCAAUACUUCCCGCUGUUCACCAUCAUCCAAUGGCUGACAGCCUGGCACCCGGCCGGCAAGACCUCCAUGAAGACCUCCAUCUUCAACCUGCCCGGCCGCUGGGCCUGGUUCGCCAUGGAGAUCGUCAGCCCGCUGAACCUGGUGUAUCUGUUGUGGAAGCUGCCCCUCAAGCUGGCCGACACCACCACCACUAGCCCUAUCACCCUCCCCCUGCCCAACAAACUCCUCGCCACCCUUUUCGUGGUGCACUACCUCAACCGCGCCAUCAUCUCCCCCUUCCUCGCCGCCCCCAGCAUGUCCCCCAUCCACCUGUUCAUCCUGGCCUCCGCCAUGCUCUUCAACUGGUUCAACUCCACCUGUCUGGCCGGCUGGCUGGUCGGCUACGAGAUCCCCAUCCACCCCACCUAUCACUCUGCGCCUGCUGCAUCGUCAUCACCAGCAGCAGCAGCUGCUGCUAUCUCCGGGAUACUCCCCUCUCUAGGCACCGCCCUCUUCCUCGCCGGCAUGGCCGGCAACAUCUACGCCGAACGCACGCUCUUCCGGCUGCGGCGCGAAGAGGGCGCCAGGCGGGCUGCUGCUGCUGCUGCUGCUGCCUCCAAACCCAAUGCCAACCCCCCAACCCCCUCAACCUCAACUUCCUCAGCUCCCUCAACCUCAAAAAUCUACAUAAUCCCCCCACCCACCACCCCCCUCUUCUCCACAAUCCUGUACCCGCACUACGUCUGCGAAUGGCUGGAAUGGACGGGCUUCGCGCUCGCCGCGACGGCGGUGCGGGCUUCGGCGGCGUCGGUCCUGGGGCUGGGGUUGGAGUUGGGGUUACGGUCGGGGUCAACCAACACGGCCAGUUCCAGUUCUGUCGCAGCAGCGGCAGCAGCAGCAGCUACCGCCGCUACCGCAAGCGGAACGCUCCAUCUCGCGCCGUGGCUCCGGCCCGCCGCGCAGCUCGCCGCGCACCUGGGGCGGCCGUUCCCCAUGCCGGCGGCGGUGUUUGUGGUGAACGCGGUGACGAACAUGCUGCCGCAUGCGCGGUGGGGGCGGCGGUGGUAUGUGGAGCGGUUUGGGGAGGAGGCGGUCGCGGGGCGGGGGGCGGUGGUGCCGUUUUGUUCGUGGAUGUAG